UUCUUCUUCUCUUUGUAUUCCAGCUCCCGCCACUAUUUUCCGAUCCGUCGUUCCAGUCUCGACGGUGACGAACGCCGUUGAUUCUGUCCGUCACUGGCGAGGACUCUUAAAACUCACAGAAAAGUGAAAAAUUCUUGAAAAAGAUGAGGUGGGUUUUAUCCGCUUCUCUCCAUUUCAUGCGUAUGGAGCUGAUUUGUUUUGAUCUGUGGUAAAUAAUUGGCAACGGAGCUAAAUAAUUGGCAUUGCGUGGGCCCUUCUGCGUUUCUUUAUUUACUUCUUGGUCUGAAAAGCAAAUAUGAUGAAGUUUUUGGGUAAUGUUAUCAAUGAUUUCAUCUGGCGUCCAAGAUCCGUUGUGAAGUUGAAGUAUUUAUGGGCAUAAGUUCCUUGAAUCUUGUGAAUCAUCAUCUUAGAAGAGAAAUCUGUUAGAGGGAUGCUAAAUCUGAAUGAGUCAACCAAGUAAAUGCUUGGACUUUGAAGUGUAGGUGAAGUGGUUGAAGUGGAUGAUGAAAUUCCCUAAGCGUUACCUGAUUGUCGUUUUGACCUUUAUCUGCACAUCUGUUUGUUACAUAGAGAGGGUUGGGUUUUCAAUUGCAUAUACUGUUGCUGCUGAUGCUGCUGGAGUGAAUCAAUCUAGCAAAGGGGCUAUACUAUCUACUUUCUACUAUGGAUAUGCUUGUUCGCAAGUGCCAGGGGGAUGGGCUGCUCAGAAAAUCGGAGGGAGGACAGUUCUCCUUCUUUCAUUUGUUGUAUGGUCACUAACUUGUGCAUUGGUUCCGUUAGAUCCCAAUCGAGUUUUUGUGUUAAUAAUUGCGCGUUUGCUGGUUGGUGUGGCACAGGGGUUCAUCUUUCCCUCCAUCCACACUGUUCUAGCACAAUGGGUUCCUCCCCAUGAAAGAUCUAGAUCUGUUUCUCUUACAACUUCUGGGAUGUAUCUAGGUGCAGCAAUGGGAAUGCUUGUCCUUCCCAGUCUAGUGAAACUUAGAGGUCCUCAAUCUAUAUUUGUUGCCGAGGCAGCAAUGGGUGGCAUGUGGUCCUUACUUUGGUUUACAUAUGGCAGUGAUCCUCCUCGUAUUGAGCAUCCAAAGGCCACGGCUUCCGGGUUUGGAGAAUUAUUGUUGCCUAUCAAGGGGAAUCUGAGAUCAAAGGUUGAGAAUGGAAGAAUUUCAGUCAAAGCAGCCAAAAUCCCUUGGAUGAAAAUCCUAACUAGCUUGCCAGUCUGGGCAAUUGUUGUGAACAAUUUCACUUUUCAUUAUGGUUUAUAUGUGUUGAUGAAUUGGCUGCCAACCUACUUUGAAUUAGGCCUUAAACUAAGCCUUCAAGAUAUGGGUUCUUCAAAAAUGAUGCCUUAUCUGAACAUGUUUAUAUUCUCAAACAUAGGUGGUGUAGUUGCUGAUCAUUUAAUCACCAAGAGGAUAAUGUCUGUGACAAAAACCAGGAAAUUCUUGAAUACCAUAGGAUUUUUAGUUGCUUCUCUUGCAUUGAUUGUAAUUCCCAUAUUCAGAACAUCUGGUGGGGCUAUCUUCUGUUCUUCUGUGGCUCUGGGUUUUCUGGCUCUGGGCAGAGCUGGAUUUGCAGUGAAUCACAUGGAUGUGGCUCCAAGAUAUGCCGGAAUUGUGAUGGGUGUUUCUAAUACGGCAGGCACUUUAGCCGGAAUUAUUGGAGUGGACCUUACUGGCAGACUUCUUGAAGCUGCUAAAACUGCUAAUUCAGAUCUUACAGGUCCUGAUAGCUGGAGAGCAGUGUUCUUCAUUCCUGGCUUGCUAUGUUUUUUUAGUUCCUUAAUAUUCUUACAAUUUUCAACUGGGGAGAAAAUUUUUGACUGAGGAAGGCUGCUUGUCACUUGAUGAUCUGAUGGCUCAUUUGCAGUGUGUUUGGUUUCACAUCAAAGCAUGGCUUUUGGUGGUUUCCAACGUAAACCCAAGCAUGCACUAGAUUUGUUGUCUUAGUCAUCGAGAUUUUUUCUUUUCCAAUUAUUUCCCCAGAUUGUAUCAUUCUUGGAUAGGAGAGUUUCAUGGCAUUAAGCAGGGUUCUUAAUGCCCAGUCAUAUCUGGAGAUUGAAGUUUUAUUUGUUUCUCCAAGUUGUAUUGUAUACAUAAUCAAUCAUAAAGGAAGAUCAGGAGCCUUAAUAGGCGAUGACAGAGCUA